AUGGAAAAUAUCAAGCAUGCGCCUUGUGACAUGCGUACCACUGAAGACCAAGUUAAUCGUCUUUAUAUGGAGUUGCGUGGUAUAGCAUUUGGAAAUCUUCCUGAAGUUAAUAGUGAAAUCAGUGUGUCCAAGAGUGACAACUUACAACUUCCAAAUGAUAACCAUACUUUCUCCAUUUCUACUCCGGACUCCGAAUGCCCAAACACUAACUGGCCUUUGGACGAAACCGUUAACAACUCUGUUCAGCCAGAAUCUCUUUCCUAUCAAGUUAAUGAUUCUACUUAUAAUAUAGGCUCACAGGACUUGUCAGGAUUCCUUCAGGAUCUUGGUCCUGAUAUCAUUCCGGAAAUUGCCAGUUUCAGCAUCGACGGAGUGGUCAAUGGAGGUAGUAAUACUACUGACUCUUCUGCUGUAGAUGAGUUUUUGAAAGUACCCAAAGCGUAUACGGACCAAUCUCCACACAGCAAUGAAAACUCAUUUAAAGACACCAGUGGUUGCCAAUUUCUCAGUCUUCAUACUAGCGGCAGUAAUCCUUCAGAUAAGGAUUUAGGAGUUAUGUUUGAUGCAUCUGAUCUUGUAGAACACUCACGAAAUUCUUUGAAAUCAUGCUCCAUUACUCCGUGUAAUAAUCAGUUAGAGUCAUCUCAACAGCUCCCCAUAGGUAAUUCUGGAAACCUGGGUCAAUUUUCAUCUGAUAGGUCUGCUAUCCCAUCGUCUGCUAAUGCAGAAGCUCAACCACUUAACAGUGAUGGUGGAGAGUCAAUCAUUGAAUCCGAUCCCAGGAUUUCAACGAAUCCUCUGGAAACGGGUAUGGGAUCUGACAUCAUCAACUUACCUAUUCCAAAUUGUGCACGUUCGAUUAUCUCUGAUUUACUAAAGACUCCUUUAAAUGAAGAAUUCGCAACAUCCUGUGCUGGUCAGCAAUCUGACUCUAAAGAAUCUACCAGUAUUUUGCCUGUUCCAUGUGUAUCUAGUGAAUUCACUCAUCUUCCAUCGACAUCCGGACUAAAUUCUUUGGAUAUCGACUGGUUGGAAACGGAUACUCAAGGCCAUUCUGUGAAUUCUAAUCUUUCUAACCAUGUACCUGAUUUUAGCAGCCAAACCUUUGGUCUUUCACCAAAACAACUUGAAAAACUGGCACAGACUCAAAAUGAUUUGGUGCAUUUAGAUGAAUAUAUCCUAACUCCAUUCGAAAAUGCUUUAAGUGUUAUGGAAGCCCAGUUGGAUGUAAUCACGGAACGUGUAACUAAUUUUGAACGAUUGCAUAAACACGACCCUUGUAACAGUCCUUAUUCAGAGCACCAUAUAUUUGAAGACAACAAGAAAUUUUCAAAUGCGAAAUAUCAAGAAAAUAAUGAUAUUUGUACUUCAACAGGUCUUACUCACUCAUCUCAGUUGUCGAAUUCAAUGUGUAUGGCAUUACCAUUGAGAAAAAUGAAUGACAAGUACUCUUCCGCACCCGUUGUUGAUACUACAGAAUAUAAAGAAUUCAAGCUAGAUGGCGUAGAAACUUAUUUAAAAGACGCUAGGACUGCAGCUCAGCAUCUUUAUCGGAUGAAAAACGCAUCUUCGCAAGCAUCAAUUUAA